CCGUCCUGAAUUCUUGCCCGGCCAUGAUGACCCUUGAUCAGCUCCGUCGCCCUUUCUCCGGCGUUCUGGCCGGCCGGCUGGGAUCUCAUUCGACCGAUGGGCAGCAGCCGCCGGCACCAUUGCACAGGAAACAAGACCAAGAAAGCAAAACGUCGAAAGCGUCUACAAAUUGUUUCCCAGACUCAGAAUGUGUAAUGCUUCGGGGUUUCAGAUGAUGCUUCAACCACACGGACGCUAAUCGUAUUACAGGAUCUGAAGGUCCUCCGCCCAUUCGAGACCAAUUCAGUAGACCGCCCUCCUCCAGAUCCGGACUCACCCGGAUCGGAAGUUACCAUCAGGCCGACCACCACCCGGGCCGGGGCGGGUCGAUCCUCGCCGUCCUCCGGCAGACAAGGGACGCCACAGGACCAGCUCGAUUGAUCAGAGGGCUCCCGUUGAAAAGAGGCUUCGUUGAGCUCGGGUUGAAAAGGGACCAUGUCAGAAUGCUUUAGUUGACUACAUACUGAUAAAUGUUCGAAUUUGGAAGAAGUGGAUAUCAGAUCUCGUUGCAUGUUUGAGAUGUGAAACUCGGUGGCGGCCGAUUAUUGGUCGAUGACAUCACUGCAGUCGUCUGGUCAACAGAACUUAGCAAGGAAGAAAGGAAGUUGUUUCCGAUUCCCAGGGACUGUUCCUUCCAGACAUUCGGACCACCACCAAUUCAAGCUCUUGAAACCUCAGCCUCCCAAACCCACCGCCUUCCUCCUUCCUUCUGCCACCCUCCGGAUCCCCAGCAAGCUUUAAACUCAGCUCACACUCCCACCGAUCAUCCAGCCAUCUGCCCACCUGACCAACUCCCAUCCCACAAAACCAUUCUUAUCUUCUGCUUUCGAGAUGGCCUCCAACGCUUGCCCGACACUAGCUACCUUCAAGCUACCCGAAAUCCCAAACGAACCCAACCAACAUUAUGAGCCUGGAAGCUCCUCCAGAAUCGCCUUGGAUGCAGCUAUCAAAGAGAUGAGAGCGGGAAUGCCAUAUUCAGUCGGACCCGUGAUUGAUGGUGUGGAGUUACACAACGGUCCCACCGUAGCCCAAGUGCUCCCACAUGAUCACAAGACCGUGCUUUGUAACUUCCACACGGCUUCACCUGAAUUGAUCACCAAGUCAAUCGAAGGAUGCUUGAAAGCCAAAGCCCAAUGGGAAGCUCUCCCAUUCAACGACCGAUCUGCUAUCUUCUUGAAGGCCGCCGACCUCCUAUCUUCCCCCAGAUGGAGGUACAAAAUCAUGGCUGCUACCAUGCUUGGCCAAGGAAAGAACGCCUGGCAGGCUGAGAUCGACGCCGCUGCUGAGAUGUGCGAUUUCUUCAGGUUCGGUGUCAAGUACGCUGAGGAAAUGUAUGCUCAACAGCCACCUAAGAACUCGGCGGGUGUGUGGAACCGAGUGGAGUACAGACCCCUAGAAGGCUUUGUAUAUGCGAUCUCGCCUUUUAACUUUACUGCCAUCGGUGGUAACUUGGCCGCCGCACCUGCCCUGCUCGGAAACGUGGCUGUCUGGAAGCCGUCUCCGAUGGCCGUCUAUGCCAACUACCUGACUUACAAGCUGUUGGAAGAGGCCGGGCUCCCCAAAGGUGUCAUCCAAUUCAUCCCCGUUGCCGGAGCUGAUGUGGAACCCGCCUGCAAACAGAUCUUCGGGCACCCAGAAUUUGCCUCGUUGCACUUCACUGGAUCCACUGCUGUCUUCCGCAAGUUGUGGUCUGACAUUGCUCAAGGUGUCUCGACAGCCACUUUAAAAUCGUACCCUCGAGUAGUGGGUGAAACGGGCGGGAAGAACUUCCAUCUCAUCCAUUCCUCGGCCCCCGUUCGUCCUACCGUCCUCCAAUCGAUCCGUGCCGCCUUCGAAUACAGCGGCCAGAAGUGUAGCGCUCUGUCUCGCUUGUAUGUCCCCGAAAGCAUCUGGCCCGAGUUCUCCAAAGUUCUCAAAGAGGAGGUCGCCAAACUUAAAGUCGGGAGCCCCGAAGAGUGGAGCACCUUCUUGGGACCCGUUAUUUCCCAAGGCUCUUUUGAUAAGAUCACCGGCUUGAUUCAAAGUGCCAAAGAUGCAGGCGAUGAAGUAAUCAUCGGUGGCAAAGCCGAUGCGUCGAAGGGAUACUUCAUUGACCCUACGGUCAUCUUGACCCGAAACCCUCGCUCGAUCACGAUGACUGAGGAACUAUUCGGUCCCGUGAUCACCACAUACGUGUACCCCGAUGCCGAGUUUGAGCAGACGUGUGAUCUGAUAGACUCGAGCUCAGCUUACGCCCUGACUGGUUCUAUUUUUGCGGCCGACCGACAUGCAGUCGUGUUGGCUUCGAACAAACUGAGACGCGCCGCUGGUAACUUCUACAUCAACUCCAAAUGCACCGGAGCCGUCGUUGGCCAACAACCAUUCGGGGGAUCCAGGGCGAGUGGCACUAACGAUAAAGCCGGAAGUAUUAACUUGCUCUACCGAUUCGUCAAUGCCAGAAGCAUCAAGGAAGAAUUCUUGCCCAUCGAGGAGGCCCACUAUCCCUCCAACUUGGCUUGAACCCUGCAAGCCUCAGCCGUCUCCUGUCAACUGACUUGAUACCCUUCCACUCCCGCAAGGAUUAUUACAAUCCUAUAUCGGAUUCACUUUGUUUCAUACAUACAUCAUCUGGAAAUUCAUAUGUGUAUCAGACCAUCUAUGUAGUUUCCCUCUGAAAUACAAAAAUCCCGUCAAAAAUCCCGUCUGCGUAGAUUUUCUGGAUCUUUGCUCUCACCAUUCCUCUCUCUCUCUUUCUCUAAUCCAACACGCUAUCUCGCAACGUUGACCUCCCAUUACUGUCGUAACCAAGAAGAUCACGCGCCUCCAUUCCAAUGCUUGCUCAUCUAAAUCGUACCGCCUGUCUGAUCCAACGUUCACUCUUGAUAUGACAUGCUUCCGUCUUGAUGCGUGGAAUAUGGUCCAUAACGCACAGCGAUUUCCUGCUGAUGGGCUUGGAUGGUGAUGCCCGCGGAUUGGUUAGAUGAGC